AUGGAGUGGAAACUGGAGCGCACCGCCCGGAGGAGGGUCCGGACAGAAGAAGAGAUGCUGUGGAAGAAUGUCAUGCGGGUGCUCGCCAAAGACCUGAAGCAGAAGAGAAGUCCAGGUUCUCCCAGGAUAUUUGAUGAAGUUAAGACUACAUAUUCUAGCUUCAAGAGCAACUUUGUGAAGAGGCUGUCUGCUGAGGUUCCCAUUGCCAGUAGCCCAGUUACCACCAGAUGGCGGCAAAGCCAAACCAGGGAUCUGGCAGCCUGCUCCUUUGGGGAAGAGCUUUCAACCACUUACCUCCCAGAAGCUUCUGGAUCCAUGCUGAAGAUAACUCCUGAGAAAGAGACUCUGAUUCUAGGGUCCUUCCAAGAACCACUGAAGACACCCAUCAAAGGGAGUUUUGAAACAAAUAACUCUGCUCUCCAUUUUUGCGAGGCAGCUCAUGCACUGGAUAGAGGCUGGAAUGAAAACGUUGCCUCAAAAGGCCAGAAAUGCCUAAACCAGCUAUUUUCGACCCAGAAGGUGGCUCAGUGGGUUAGGGGGCAAAUGCAACUCUGUGAGCAAUCCCAGUGUGCCUGGAAAGGCUGCAGAGACAGAGUCAGAGAUGAAUGCUUCCUUCUUAAAAGAUUCAGUGAUAUAGACUAUUCCAUACUCCAACCGGAAGUGAAGAUUCAUCUUACUGGUCUUCGAAAUGACUAUUAUCUGAAUAUUCUAGAUUGGAAUUUUCAAAAUCUUGUUGCUAUAGCCCUUGGAUCUUCUGUGUUCCUCUGGAAUGGGGAAAACUACAAUGUGAUUGAAAACAUAGACCUAAAUCUCAAUUGUAACUAUGUAUCUUCUGUGUCCUGGAUAAGAGAAGGAACCUGCCUGGCAGUUGGCACCAGCGAGGGAGAAGUACAAUUAUGGGAUGUGGUAACUAAAAAGCAGCUGAGAAGUAUGCCUGGUCAUUUGUCAGUGGUUGCGGCUCUGAGCUGGAAUGACUGUAUUCUCAGCAGCGGGUCGAGGCUGGGCCGUGUUUCUCAUCAUGAUGUUCGGGUUGCCCAGCAUCACGUUGGAACACUUCAACACAAGCAAGCUGUCUGUGCUCUCAAGUGGUCCCCUGACGGCAGGCUGCUUUCCACUGGUUGUAGUGAUGGACUGCUGACGAUAUGGCCCCAUGACCCGGGUGCGAAAGCCCAGGUUCAACCGCUGAAAGUUAUACCCCAACCUACAGCAGUCAAGGCCAUGGAUUGGUGUCCCUGGCAGUCUGCAGUCCUUGCUGUUGGAGGCGGAAUGGAAGAUGGACACUUACGUGUCUUGGACAUAAAUACUGGGCAAAGCAUCCAGACCCCAAGCACAAACUCACAGAUUUGUUCCCUAAUCUGGCUACCUAAGACAAAGGAGAUUGCAAGUGGCCAAGGUAGUCCCAAGAAUGAUGUGACUGUGUGGGCCUGUCCUGGUCUGGCCAGGUCGCGUGGAUUUUUGGGCCCCAGAGGCAGAGUGCUGCACCUGGCUUUAAGUCCAGACCAGACCCGGGUGUUUUCUGCUGCAGCUGAUGGCACAGCCUGUGUAUGGAAUUGCUGUCACUCAGCUCCUCCACGAGCUCCAGUUUCCUCACUUCGAAGUGAGAAUAAUGACAGUGGCCUUGUCUUCUCCAUGGAUUUGUUGUGA